UGUGAAUUUGAGGGUUUGACCUGUCUCGUCAAUUGUGGUAAGCCAUAUCACGCCCACAGCUAACGCCCCUCACGUGAGACUUUUGGAGUUACAGACAAAGUUACAAGAAUUGGUCUGGUAUGGUUUCUCAACUCCCACUCUCACCUAACAUUUCAGUUCACCUUCCUCCAACACCAUCAAUCAAAAACCAAACACCACAAACCUCAAAUCCCAAUCAUUAAAAACAUCAAACAGUAUCAUUAAUCCCACGUUCAAUUCCCUUCCAAAACAAAAUGGACAAUUCCACCCAAGAUUCUCUCUUGCGAUCGGAGAACUCCGUCACCUAUGAAUCGCCAUACCCAAUUUACGCCAUGGCUUUUUCACCCUCCCACCCCCACCGUCUCGCCCUUGGAAGCUUCAUUGAAGAAUACACCAACCGCGUCCACAUCCUCUCCUUCCACCCUGAAACCCUCUCACUCUCCCCACACCCUUCCCUCUCCUUCGAUCACCCUUACCCUCCAACCAAGCUAAUGUUCCAUCCUCGCAAACCUUCUCCCUCUUCCUCCACCGACCUUCUAGCCACCUCUGGCGACUAUCUCCGCCUCUGGGACGUCCGCGAAAACUCCGUCGAGCCCCUCUCCCUCUUCAACAACAGCAAGACCAGCGAGUUCUGUGCCCCCCUCACCUCCUUCGACUGGAACGACAUCGAUCAUAACCGCAUCGGCACCUCCAGCAUCGACACCACCUGCACCAUCUGGGACAUUGAGCGCACCGUCGUCGAGACGCAGCUCAUCGCCCACGACAAGGAGGUCUACGACAUCGCCUGGGGCGAGGCAAGAGUCUUCGCCUCCGUGUCCGCUGACGGCUCCGUGCGAAUCUUCGAUUUGCGUGACAAAGAACACUCCACCAUCAUCUACGAAAGCCCCCACCCUGAUACCCCUUUGCUUCGUUUGGCUUGGAAUAAGCAGGAUCUCAGGUACAUGGCUACCAUUUUGAUGGAUAGUAAUAAAGUUGUGAUAUUGGAUAUUAGGUCCCCCACUACUCCUGUGGCGGAAUUAGAGAGGCAUCGUGGUAGUGUGAAUGCCAUUGCUUGGGCUCCUCAUAGCUCCACGCAUAUUUGUUCUGCUGGGGAUGAUACUCAGGCUCUUAUCUGGGAAUUGCCCACUCUGGCUGCUCCCACUGGGAUUGAUCCCAUGUGCAUGUAUUCUGCUGGCUGUGAAAUCAACCAGCUCCAAUGGUCCGCUGCUCAGCCUGAUUGGAUUGCUAUUGCUUUCGCCAACAAGGUGCAGCUUUUGAAGGUUUGAGGUGAGGAUUCUGGUUCAAUGCGCAUAAUAGAAACUGGUGGGAUUUAGUGUUGUGUUUAGAUUCACAGUCAUGGAUGCUCCACAUGUAUUCUAACAAUGUCGUUGAUUCCAAUUCAAGGAAUGGGAGAGAAAGAGAACUCUGAUACCGUAAAAGCUUCCGACAAAACACGUUCCAAGUAAACAAAAGUAUAUUCUUCCAUCAAAGGAACGAUACACAGUAGCAGCAGCAUACUUGUUUUUGUUGAAUUCUCUUUGCUUUCUUCAUCCAAAUCAUGUAAAAGGGUUAAUGUAUUCGCUUAGCUAAACUCAGAUUAUACGAAGGAUGUAAACUAAAAAAAGAUGAUGUUUUGAUUGA